UUCUGCUCUGGCUGGAUUGCCGCGGAGGAGGCGACGAGGGCACUGGCCUUGGGGGGCUAGCUCGGUCGGCAGCGGUUCCUGCUGCGGAUGGGAGCGGGCCGGCUCGGCGCGCCCAUGGAGCGCCACUGGGGGGUCGCCGCCACCCCCGCCUCGUCGGUCCGGGAGCCGGCGUCCGGCGGCCCCGAUGGGCGGCGGCGGGAGCCACUGCGGCGCCGGGCGAACAGUGCGUCGGCUCCCGCCGUCGGGGCCUCGGCUUCGGCGGAGGGCGUAAGGCGGGACCGGCCCGGCUCUUACAGCGGCGCUACGUCGGCCUCCCGUCAGCGCGUCGAAAGCCUCAGGAAGAAGCGGCCGCUUUUUCCUUGGUUUGGCUUGGAUAUUGGUGGGACCCUGGUCAAGCUGGUUUAUUUUGAACCCAAAGACAUCACUGCUGAAGAAGAAGAGGAAGAAGUGGAAAGUCUUAAAAGCAUUCGAAAGUACCUGACCUCCAAUGUGGCUUAUGGGUCCGCGGGUAUUCGGGACGUGCACCUGGAGCUGAAGGAUCUGACUCUGUGUGGACGCAAAGGCAAUCUGCACUUUAUACGCUUUCCCACUCAUGACAUGCCUGCUUUUAUUCAAAUGGGCAGAGAUAAAAACUUCUCGAGUCUCCACACUGUCUUUUGUGCCACUGGAGGUGGAGCGUACAAAUUUGAGCAGGAUUUUCUCACAAUAGGUGAUCUUCAGCUUUGCAAACUUGAUGAACUAGAUUGCUUAAUAAAAGGAAUUUUAUACAUUGACUCAGUUGGAUUCAAUGGACGGUCACAGUGCUAUUACUUUGAAAACCCUGCUGAUUCCGAAAAAUGUCAGAAGUUACCAUUUGAUUUGAGAAAUCCAUACCCUCUGCUCCUGGUGAACAUUGGCUCUGGGGUUAGCAUCUUAGCAGUAUAUUCCAAAGAUAAUUAUAAGCGGGUCACAGGUACCAGUCUUGGAGGAGGAACUUUUUUUGGUCUUUGCUGUCUUCUUACUGGCUGUACCACAUUUGAAGAAGCUCUUGAAAUGGCAUCACGUGGAGAUAGCACCAAAGUGGAUAAACUAGUACGAGACAUUUAUGGAGGGGACUAUGAGAGGUUUGGACUGCCAGGCUGGGCUGUGGCUUCAAGCUUUGGAAACAUGAUGAGCAAGGAGAAGCGAGAAGCUGUGAGUAAAGAGGACCUUGCCAGAGCGACUUUGAUCACAAUCACCAACAACAUUGGCUCAAUAGCAAGAAUGUGUGCCCUUAAUGAAAACAUUAACCAGGUGGUAUUUGUUGGAAAUUUCUUGAGAAUUAAUACGAUCGCCAUGCGGCUUUUGGCAUAUGCUUUGGAUUAUUGGUCCAAGGGACAGUUGAAAGCACUUUUUUCGGAACACGAGGGUUAUUUUGGAGCUGUUGGAGCACUUCUUGAGCUAUUGAAGAUCCCCUGAUUGUUACCUGGGGAGGGGUUCCUGGAACCUUCCACAAUGGGAUUUGUGGACUUGUUUUUUUAAGAGACUUACUCAGUUUAUGAUUGUGUACUACCUGCAUCAAAGCGAGAAAGGACAAAUGUAUUUUUCUAAGUCAUCAAGAUAUCUUAAUAACCAGUAAGGAAAGUUAUAUAUUAAAAAAAAAAGUGGACCAUGUCGGUGAGAAUUCUCUGUAUUUAAGUUGCUCUUCAGUAUAGCUUUGUUCAACUUGCUCUGUAUUUUUGAAAUUCAGCAUCACUUUGUGGAGCCACUUCAGGGGAGGGGAGGAGAGCUGUUCUGUGUUCAGCGGGCUGUGGUUUUGUGUCCUGUUGAACUAGCUAAAUGUAAGGCAAGCUAUUGAUACUAUGUAUUAUAAUCCAAUCACAAUUUUAUCAGUGUGGCCUUGGAGAUCAUCUUCUGUGCAUUAACUCUGGUGUGCAUUUAGCUUGUGUGAACGUAUUGAAAAACAUGUUUCAAGGUUCUACAGACUUAUUGGGCAAGUUAAUUCUGUGCCUGUAACUUUAACAGUUAAGCAACUUUUGGAAGGGCAGUUCCAGCUUGUUUACACUGUAGAUCCUGGGAAGGUCUGUUUGGAGGGAAAGGACUUCUCCCCUGGGCAGAAUUUCCUUGGGUAGUGGAGGGAUAAUUGAUGUGAUGGAAGUGAGUAAGCUAGUAGAAAAAGCACAUCUGGAAGACUAAAAGCAGACAAAGAGGGCUGCCAGUAUGGACAGCUUUUCAAGGAGUGGUGGGGGGGGAUCUGGUUAUUUCAGGCUGGUAGAGAGGGAGGAAUUGAGGUGUCCAUUGAUCAGCUCAUGGAGAACAGGGCGGGGCUCUCCCGCCUUCUGCUCCCUGCCUUGUGCUUGCUGGAAACUGCCUGGGAGGCUGGCUCAGUUGGAUCUAGUGGAGGGGCUGCGCGUGGGAGGCUCAAAAGGCUGCUUGAGGAGAGACAGGUUUCUAGAUGGAGUCUUGGUAGAGGUUGGCUUCUUCCUCUGGACCGAGGAAUGGAGCCAGCGUGAGCCCGUUUGCUGCCCAUGGAGACCCAGGUUGACCUCUGAGGCCUUGUGGGGUCCUGCCUGCUCUCCCCGCAGUUACUGUGCUCACGAGGCUGUGCCAUUGCUUUUUGUGGGUCGUGUCAUGCAGCCCUUGUCAUCUCCACAACUUAACAGAGGAGGAAACCUGCCCAAAGUCACACAGCUAGAAUCCGGCAGAGCCCCCUUUCCUCUUGUGCCUUGAAGUCGCCUUCCACCUCCAUGGAUUCACCACUUCCUGCUCUUGAGAAACUGCCUCUGUGACUUCUCUUUGUGCUUUGUGCUCAGCCCAUCGUUUUUACUCCAGUGAAUCUCAGUUGCUAAAUCUAAUGGACAUUUCAUGUUAUCAUCUUCCUCAGUUCUAACACUGCAGACCCCUCCUGCUUUUCCUUCUAUCUCCUAGGCCACUUUAUCUCUGCCACUUUAUUCUCCACUGAAGAUAAUUAGAUAUUGCUAGCCCUCAUGCUCAAUCCUUGAUCUCCUUAAGCGGUCAUCAGCACUCACCUUGACUCUGAUUUCUAAGGUAGCAUGUCUGGCCCAGCCCUUGCCUCUGAGCUCCAGUCCCAAGGCAUUGACUGCCUUCUCUUCCCUCUUCCCCCUUCCCCUUUCCCCCUUCCCUUCUCUUCUGUAUCUCCAAGGCCAUCUUUACACAGAAAUAUCUCCAUCUCUGCCCUGAAGCUCCGCCAGCAUCCUCUCCCAGUUUCCUGCCACUUCACUACCUCCAGUUUGUGAGAUGCAUGUAAACUCAGGCUUUCGUCACCACAGCUACCACCCUGGUCUAAGCCACUGCCCUGUCUCAUCUCAGCAGUUAUCCCUUCCAGUCAGCCCUCCAAAUACUAGCCUGAGGGUCCCAUCCCACACUCCCGUUAGAGGCAGUGGGGGUGGUAGUGGCUGUGGUCAUGGUCCAGGUAUGAAAGGAAGGUGGUCAAAGCAAGAUGGGAACAGUGGAUCGUCAGGUAGAGAUGCUUUAGAGGGUUGAGUUUAGAGAUGUGGAGAUUGGAAGUGGGGGAAGGAGGUUCUGUGAGGGCACCUAGGCUUGCCGGGGAGACUUGGUUUUGGGCUGCCUGAUUUUUGAUGCCAAAUAGGUAGCUGGAUAUUUAGGUCAGAGACCUGAGAAUGAUGUGCGUGUAGGUGGGUAAAAUGUAGGUGGGAAUUUAGUAAAUCCCAAGGUAGAGUGAGAAUAACAAGAGAUGUGCAGAGAAGGAAGAGGCUGCAAAGAACACUGAAGAGUGGUCAGAGGGGACUAGCGCAGGGGACCUGUUGCUCAGGAGACUUGAGGGGAGAGGAGCUCUCCAGGCACCUGCAUUAAGAGGAGGUUUCAGAGGUGGCACAGAUUUGGUUGCAGGGCCAUGGAUGGCCUUGAGGGGGAGCAGUUUCCCUGAAGCUAUGGGGCCAAAGCUGAGCUUCAGAGUCCUAGUGAGGGUUGGUGAGUAGAAACAGUAGCUGCCACAGGAUGGCUUUGGACCAGGAGAUGUUUUUUUCUUCUCCCAACAGAAUAGUUGGUAUUUCCAGACCUGGGAUAUAGCUAGAGGGGUGAGGUGUGGGCCAGUUCCACCACUGCAACCCUUCUGAGCA